GCGUGCGCGCCGUGCGUGUUUCUAGGCCUUGGUUUCCAGAUCAAGAUAAAAAAGUUAAAAACUUUUUCAUGUCAAUGUGCAUAUUUCAAUAAGAGGCCCAUUACAAUUACACCAGAUACGAAUUUUGACUUGGUAUUUAUUCCAACGGCAUUGCCUCAAUAACAGACACAGAAGCACACAAUGGGCUAUGGCGAUAGGGGAGGCGGCAGAGGUGGCUUUGGAGGCAGAGGGAGAGGUUUUGGGGGUGACAGAGGCCGCGGCGGUCGGGGUGGACGUGGCGGCGGCCGGGGCGGCUUCAACCAGGGCCCGCCAGAGGAGGUGCGCGAGUUCGGCACGUUCGAGUGGACCAGCCAGGACGACCUGGUGGUGAAAUCCACCCUGGAGGAUGUGCCCUACUUCAACGCGCCCAUCUGCCUGGAAAACAAACAGAUGAUUGGAAAGGUGGACGAAAUUUUCGGCACCCUCCGUGACUACUAUAUCUCCGUAAAGCUGAACGAUGACGUCAAGGCCAGCUCAUUCACACCCAAACAGAAGCUGUACAUCGACUCUCAGAAGAUCCUGCCGCUGAGGAUGUUCCUGCCGGGAGGCCAGCAGCGUGGCCGGGGCGGCCGGGGUGGUCGCGGCGGCGGCAGGGGCGGCGGGCGGGGCGGGCCCGGCGGCAGGGGAGGAUUCGGCGGACGCGGCGGCUUCGGCGGCCGGGGCGGUGGCGGCGGCUUCCGUGGCGGCCGGGGCGGUUUUGGCGGCGGCGGUGACCGCGGUCGCGGUCGUGGCGGCGGUGGUUUUGGCGGCGGACGAGGAGGAUUCCGCGGCAGAGGAGGCGGAUUCCGCGGAGGACGGUAGGAGAGAGAGAAGAGGAGGAGUUUCUCUCAGGCAAGCGCGGGGGAUGGUGGAUGGAAGAAGUGGCCUUCGGUUCGGGCCAUGACAUUGGUCAUGCGCUGGUCAUGUUGGCGUUGUAAAAGCUGUAUUUUUGAAAUGUGAGAAGGGUGGAAUGGUUUUCUAAGCUAACGUUGUUAGUUUUUGUGUGAGCUAGAGUUGACUCGUCUUUUUACUUCGAUUUUCACUCGUUUUAUCGGCAUUUUAUGGCACGUGAGCUACAAAUGUUUCAGUUUCAAAUCACUGUCUCGUACAUCAGACAAGUUGUCUCAUCUCCACGUGGGUUAUCUAUAGGACGUCCCCCACCCAUCCAGAAGUACGGAGAUAUUCCAUUCACAGCUCCUCAUCAACACUCGUCCUCUGCCACUGCGCAUGCGCACUCCACUGACCAGACAGUGCGGCGUAUUGGCCGCGCUGCGUCACCUUUGUACAAAGUGCGCCGCGCUCUCGCGUGUGAGGGUUCGGUGUGUGUGAGGGAUAGAUGACGGAAUUUGGUGUGACGCGACGCUGGUCGGGAUGUGACGGUCGGAUGGUCGUGACGGGUGUGUCGUGACGGCCGGAAUACACGGAGAAGAGAAUGGUG